AUGGGAGGAAAAGGAGGAAAAGGAGGCAAAGGCUUAGGAAAAGUCGGAGCAAAGAAAAGACAUAGAAGAGUUAUAAGAGAAAACAUCCAAGGUAUCACCAAACCUGCAAUCAGAAGACUCGCAAGAAGAGGAGGUGUUAAGAGACUCUCCGGAUUGGUCUAUGACGAGACAAGAAACGUUCUCAAAGUAUUCUUGGAAGGUGUCGUAAGAGACGCUGUUACUUAUACAGAGCAUGCAAGAAGAAAGACUGUCACUGCAUUAGACGUUGUUUACGCAUUAAAGAGACAAGGAAGAACUCUUUACGGAUUUGGAGGCUAA